AUGCGUUAUCAGAAAACUGACACAGGCUACUCCUGCCCUGCCAGCAGUAGCAGUCCCAGGCCUCGCCCAGGGGGCAGCCCCGCCCCGGGCCAGCAGCAUGCCACGACACCAGGACGGCGCCGGAGGGCUGGCAGAGAGGGAAGGCAGCGCAUUCUGCUCCGCCCCCAGCCCCUCCUCGGGGCGGUCGUUUCCGCCCACUGCCCGUGGGCCCGCGCCGUUGGUUUCGUUUUCGUUUCCUUGCCGCGGCGCACGGAGCGUCUCAGGGCGUGGCGCCAGGGGCAGGCGCAGACGCAGACGGGAGCCGGCCGCCGGCUUUUCCGGCCGGGGAAGGCAGUGGCCAUGGCGCUGGCCCUCGAGGCGCUGCGGGUCUUGUGCGCCAGCGGCGGCCGCCUGGAGCAGGGCGAGCUGCAGCGGCGGCUGCCGAGCCGGCCCUCCACGGAAGAGCUGGCGUCUGUGCUGCGGGACGCGCGGCACUUCACGCUGGUGCGGCGGCCCGGCGAGGCGGAGGCCGCGGCGGCGACAGGAGGGGUGUCGGUGGUGGCCACCAGCCCGGUGCGGCUGUGCCAGGUGUACGGCACAGGUUGCGAGGGGCAGUGCGGACGGCUGCACCUCUGCAAAUACCACGUGAAGGGGCUCUGCCGCAACGAGGAGGCGAGGAGGGAAUGCAGAUUUUCUCACAAAUUCCAUUUAGGCCACAAUCUCUGUGUUCUAACACAAUAUGGACUUCAGCAUUUAAAUACUUACGAACUUCGACUGCUUCUGCUUCAAAAUGACCCUUCUCUCUUGCCAGAGGUCUGCUUGCAUUAUAACAAAGGUGAUGGACCUUAUGGAUCUUGUACUUAUAAAAAGAUCUGCACCAAACUGCAUGUUUGUCAGUACUUUUUGCAGGGACAGUGCAGAUUUGGCAACAGCUGCAAACGAUCUCAUGACUUAUUAAAGUCAGAAUGUUACGAGAAACUGGAGAGACAGGGACUAAGCUUAAACAUUAUUGAGAAACUACCCUCCAUUUAUAGGAAUAUGUAUGACAUAAAGAAUGCCAACAGGAACAUGUAUGACACAGAAGAUACCAAGUCUUCUCCAUGCAAAGAGAGAAAACAUAGCUCUGGCCAAGAGUCCUCAACUACAAGCGAUGAUGAAUUGGAACAGAUCUGUUUAUAUCAUCUGUACAAAAGUUGUGCCUUUAAAGACAAGUGUAUCAGAACUCAUUUUCACUUGCCAUAUAGAUGGCAGAUCUUUGAUGGUAAUACCUGGAAGGACUUGAAGAAUAUGGAAGAAAUAGAAGAAGCAUAUUGUGACCCCCACAAUGCCAGAUUUCAUAAUGGUGUUGCUGAAAAUGGCUCUGUCUUGUCAUGUAUCUGUUUUCUGAAUAUGCGCAGUGGGUUUGCAAAGGUUAGACGUCUUUCUACAGCUUCCUCCGUGACCAAACCCCCUCACUUCAUUCUUACAACAGAAUGGAUCUGGUACUGGAAAGAUGAAUAUGACCUGUGGCAGGAGUACGGAAAACAAGAUGAUGAUCAUGUAGCUGCCACUAUCUCUAGUGAUGACCUGGAGAAGGCUUAUACAGCCAAAGGUUCUCCAAAGCUGAACUUCAAAGCUGGAAGACAUGAAUAUGAACUGAAUUUUGGAGCCAUGAUUCAGAAAAACCUUCGCUACACAACAGAGAGAGAGAUUUGCAGAAGACCUAAAUUUGUGUCUCAGGCGGAGGUAGAAAAGAUAAGAGCAAGAGGCAUUAAACAUACAGAAGAGUUUAAGGGCAUUCCACCUCACUGGGACAAAUCUGCCAUACCUGAAGUGGGAUUCAAGCUGGUUGAGCUUGACAGUUCUUCUGAAGAAUACCAGAAAGUCAAGGUGGACUUUCAACGCACAAUGCCCAAAACAGUUAUUAAAAGGAUUCGUCGGGUUCAGAACCCAUCUCUCUGGGAACUGUAUCAAUGGCAGAAGGAACAAAUGCAGAAGAGCAAUCGUGAAAAGGCUGUGGAUGAGCGAUUUUUAUUUCAUGGGACCAGUAGAAAAUACAUUGAUGCUAUCUGUCAGCAGAACUUUGACUGGAGGAUCUGUGGCCUUCAUGGGACGGUCUAUGGCAAAGGAAGCUAUUUUGCAAGAGAUGCAUCUUAUUCUGACUACUACUGUGGGGAAGACUCAAACACCAAGACCAUGUUUCUGGCACGGGUGCUGGUGGGAGAGUUCACUCUUGGUAGAUCUUCUUAUGUUCGGCCUCCCUUGAAGGACAACCAACAUUUCUAUGACAGUUGUGUGAAUAACUCUUCAAACCCUUCUAUCUUUGUCAUCUUUGAGAAGCAGCAGAUUUAUCCAGAGUAUCUCAUAGAAUACGUUGACCAGGCAUUGGCAAAAAUGCUAUAACAGCAAAACAUUUGUUAUUUGAUUUAGCUUGUAUAACCAUUUUUUUUAAGUAUUGACCUCAGAGAAGAAAUGAUUUUUAGACUUGUGUAAUUGGGUAGGCAAGUGUCCAGAAACAUUAAUCCUCUAUCUUUUCUGUUCAAUAGAAAAUGAGGGGUGAAAGACACAAAGGAUGUCUUGGAAUUCCUGAACUCCUAUGUCUGUUUCCUUCAGCAGGUGUCUGUUUCCCUGCAUUACUAGAGAUUUUUAUACAUUUACUAGAUGCUUGUAAUAUGAGGAUUGGCUAUGACUGCCGAGUUUAAACAAUGUUUAGUUAUAUUUGUUUCAUGAUAGAUCUUUACAUAUGCUUGUUGGUUAGAAGCUGUCUCCUACCUGUUUAUCUCCUAACUCAAAAUUUGAUAGAACCUGUUUCUUAUAACAGUAGACAUUCAAGUGUUUGCAAAUUGAGUUUGUACAAUCUCAGUCUCUGUGCUCAAUUCUUAUUGGUACUGUUUUUGUCCUCACAUAAUCUUCACCAACAAAGCCUCCAAAAUUAAACUUACUUGUUGAAAAUGAACAGAGACUUAUUUUUACUUGUUAACUUUCUCAUGUAAAACAAGCACCAGAGACAUGAAGUAUAACAAGGGUUGCUUGGUGCUGUGCCACUCAGUUUGCUGGGUGCUGUGCUGCUCACUUGACUUACUGUACCAGCAGAUAAAUGCUGCAUUUUUUGGACCUGUGAGAAGGGGCUUUUUUUGUGAUUUUGUUUGUUUGUUUUUUUCAUUGUGCCUACAAAUGAAGUAGUGUGCUGGGUGAGGUGGGAAAAAGAGGAGGCAACUCACCCUGUCAUUUAGGAAUAUGGUACUUGGAAGUGAAAUACACUGCUGGCACUGCUUGAUUAACAAUGCCCUAUUCCUGGGGAGCAACUUUAUGGUUCUCCUACAGCUAUGAGUGACUGUCUCUCACAGGUGUUCUGCCCCUUUGGUUGCAGGAGGUACACUGCUUACCUGUGUAAUCAAGGUGUCUUUGGACUUUCUUGCAGGAAGAAUGUGCUUACCUGGAGAGUGUGGUCUUCAGCCACAGAGCUGAAACCUUUAAAAAUCUGAAGAUUAAGUCAAAUAUUUAAUUGUUCCAAGCAAAAGAUGUUGUUUGUAUUGAGCAGUCAGCAUACAUGUAUGGAGAUAAUUACAAACAAUUGACCUUUCAGGUAUUUCUUUAUAAUCUUAAGUUACUGAUGUGUAGAUAGAUACUUUGUCACAGCUUUAAUGCUCCUAAAUGAGUGCUUGUUGGCUAUAGUGUACUGCAACAGCUUUAAGAUGUACUGUAGUACCCAAAAAAGCUCAUCUCUACCUAUUUUCUAGAAGCACUCCUUUGCAACUCAUCUGGAUGGUGAUUGACAUGUGUACACUGGGUAAUUAUUACUUCAGGAGCUUAGCCAUGAUUAGCUGAAGUAAGGCUGUGCAGAACUCCUUUUCAUAGGUACUGUGAAACUAGCAACAUGAUAGCUAAAGGAAAAUACUCCUAUUUGUGUUUAAACCCAGUAAUACACAGAAGAUGGAAAAAGAAGUCAACUGUAUUCUUUCUUUGGAAGGAUUUGUAAUAGAACAUGUGUGAUAAAUCUCAUGUCAACAAAUGCUACAUUCAGUGAUGAAGUUAACAUUAUAUAUAAAAGCUCCUAACUGUGUAGGUAACACAGGUAUGGGACAUGUGAACACAUUCACCUACAUGUUCCUGGCAAAUCAGAAUAUUGGUAGUAUGCCUUUCUUCCUCUGAACACAACCAGCUUUUCAGCCAGGAACUGGAAUAGCUAAAGUCAUACUAAUCUUUUGUUAGAAAAUUGAAACAAACUUUUCUUUGCAUGAGAAAAAAGUUCAGGUAUUUUUUAAUAACAAUUUUGAUGGCUAGUAAUAUUUUUAAAAUCUUAAUUCUUGAAGAGGAUGUGUCAAUGUAUGUGUGUGUUUAAGCAGAAUAACUGGAAUAAAAUGGCUGAUUGUGUUACUUUGUUGCUUGUUCUUUCUCCAUUACCACACAGAAAAGAAACUGAAGUGGUAACUUUCUUUCCAGUAGUAAAUAAACAGGUAUUCAAACCAGUAA